CUGUCAGCAAGCGAAAAUUAAAAUCAACACAUUCAAUAUUCAUGGCUGACCAUGACGACUGGGAUAACGAAGGAAAUAAGGCAAAAUGUGUCGUGAAUCAGCCAUAUGAUGAAACACUAGAUGUCAACGAAGAAGAGGAGGUAGCAAGCACAUUUACACCAAGUCCAAGGCCUGCUCUGAGUCGAGGAGGUGUAGUUCGAGGAUCAAUGACAGAUCAGAGUGAAGACGAGUUUAAUCAUGAUGAAGACUUGGUAGAAAGUAAGCCUGUUGGUGGUGGUGGUGCAGAGAAGCUUCAAAAUAAAGGUGGUCAACUGAAAGGCAAAAUACCAAGUGAUGAAGAAGGAGAUGAUCAAAGUGAUAGUUCUGAUGAUGAAGAUGAUGAAGAUGGACAAAGAGGAACUUUGGAAGGAGCAUAUGACCCUGCUGAGUAUGAACAUUUGCCUGUUGGACAAGAUAUAAAAGAACUAUUCCAAUAUAUAACAAGAUAUACACCACAGUCAAUUGAUUUAGAGUUCAAGCUAAAACCAUUUAUUCCAGACUUUAUCCCAGCAGUUGGGGAUAUCGAUGCCUUUUUGAAGGUUUCAAAACCAGAUGGUAAACCAGAAGCACUAGGCCUUACAGUUUUGGAUGAACCCUGUGCCAAGCAGUCAGAUCCCACAGUUUUAGGAUUGCAAUUGAUCACAGUUUCAAAGCAAACCAGCAAGAAAUCCGUGGCUGUCAAAUCGAUUGAUGAUCCAGAGAAGAACCCUAAAGCUAUUUCCAAUUGGAUAGAAAGUAUAGGGGAGCUUCAUCGUCAGAAACCACCACCCACUGUACACUACCAACGAAAUAUGCCAGAUAUUGACACUCUUAUGCAAGAAUGGCCGCCGGAAUUUGAAGAACUUUUAAAUCAGGUUGGACUGCCCACAGCUGAACUGGAUGUUGAUCUUCCUCAAUAUGUUGACCUCGUUUGCGGGAUGCUUGAUAUUCCAGUGCAAAAGAACCGAAUACAUUCUCUUCACGUUCUUUUCACCUUGUAUUCAGAAUUCAAAAACUCGCAGCAUUUCAACCAGUUAGCUAAAGACAAUAAUUUGGACAAUGCUUUGAAGACGAACGGCGCGGAGGUCGAAAGUAAUACAAUGACUUUCGAGUAAGAAUAGCACUGCUCGUGUAUAUAAUGAUAACACAUUAAUCCUUUAGUGCAGCUUAUUUAUGUUUCAUGUACAAAAUGUUUAAAAAUUAGGUAUUGUACAUACUAUAUUUGGCAUGAAAAUUACAUACCACACCUAAAACGAAAAUGUUAUUUGUUAUGAA